GCCUAAUCUGCGCCGCCAACCUUCGCAGACACAGUUUUCGCUUUUUACAUCAUCAUAUGUUAUGUCUAAUUGCAUAUAGACGCGGAACUUGUGUACACACGCUCGCAGAUCGAUUGAGAUACAUCGCGCAGCAUGUUGUGUAUCUGUAAUCAAGUUGGCACUUGCGUCGCGGGACUUGCCUGAUUGGACCUCUCGAGCGUGCAUAUUGCAUUAGAAGCGCUCUAUAUAUAUAUAGUGUCAAUCGAGUACUUGUAGGCGGUACAUGUACGCUAUAUUCCGCAAAGCCGAGAGGUGAGGAGCGCCGAAUUAGUGGAUUAUCCAAGCGCGUGAUCCAGUCUGUCGUACCGCUUUUGAUACUUUUACUACUGUAAGACGGCCGAAUGAUUGCCAAAUAAAUUACGAUUAUCAACGAAGCUCUUGUAUUUCCAUUGCGACGUUAUUAUGAAUCUUGACAGUGAUACACUCUGGAUUAUUUUCGGUACUUGAUACCUGGAUGGAUAUUUAAAUUAAGUUUUAAAUAACUAUUUAAAGAAAACUACAAGACGUCAACAAAAUUCUUGUGUAAAAACGAUAUCCAGUACUUUAUUACAAAAAAAUGGAUGAUGAAGAAGGGUCAUCUAGUUCUGGCCCAAUGUCGUCGUUAAAUAGUUUAUUUACUUUUACUAGUCCAGCUGUAAAAAAAUUACUUGGAUGGAAGCAGGGCGAUGAAGAAGAAAAAUGGGCUGAAAAAGCUGUUGAUUCUCUUGUGAAAAAGUUGAAAAAAAGAAAGGGAGCUAUAGAAGAAUUGGAAAGGGCACUGAGUUGUCCAGGUACUCCUAGCAAAUGUGUAACCAUUCCUAGAAGUCUUGAUGGAAGGUUACAAGUUUCUCAUCGUAAAGGAUUACCCCAUGUUAUUUACUGCAGAGUAUGGCGCUGGCCAGAUCUACAAUCUCAUCAUGAAUUGAAACCCUUGGAAUUGUGUCAGUAUCCAUUCUCUGCUAAACAAAAAGAAGUUUGUAUAAAUCCCUAUCACUACAAAAGAGUUGAAAGCCCAGUACUUCCACCUGUACUUGUUCCAAGGCAUUCUGAAUUUGCCCCUGGUCAUUCACUCUUGCCAUUCCAACAGCUUACGGAACCUACAAUGCCACAUAAUGUCUCUUAUUCAUCCACUGGAUUUAAUCCCACAUCUACAAAUGCAGUCGGUUCUGGCGUUAACCCCACCUCACCAAUCUCAUCAGUUGGUUCAGUUCCUAGUCCAGGGUCGUCAGCAACAACUAAUCCUCAAAGUCCUUAUGGUUCUAAUGGUUUACCUGAAACACCUCCUCCAGCAUAUUCACCACCAGAUGAUGGUUCUCAACAUGGUUCAUCACCAGCCCCAGAUUCUACUCAUAAUUCAACAACAGUCACAGCUAUGGAUACAACUAAUAGUUCUGAAGUAGCACCAGUGUGUUAUCAAGAGCCACCAUAUUGGGCAUCAAUAGCCUACUAUGAAUUAAAUUGUCGCGUUGGUGAGGUUUUCCACUGCCAAUCGCAUUCAAUUAUUGUUGAUGGUUUCACGAAUCCAAGUAAUAAUUCUGAUCGUUUUUGCUUGGGGCAACUAUCCAAUGUUAAUAGAAAUUCGACCAUUGAAAAUACUAGACGACACAUUGGAAAAGGUGUGCAUUUAUAUUACGUUGGAGGAGAAGUUUAUGCAGAAUGUUUAUCUGAUUCAGCAAUAUUUGUACAAUCAAGAAAUUGCAACCACCAUCAUGGUUUCCAUCCUAGUACGGUUUGUAAAAUUCCUCCAGGGUGUUCAUUAAAAAUUUUUAAUAACCAAGAAUUUGCACAACUUCUCUCGCAAAGUGUUAAUCAUGGAUUUGAAGCUGUCUAUGAACUUACUAAAAUGUGUACUAUAAGAAUGUCUUUUGUGAAAGGUUGGGGGGCAGAGUAUCAUCGCCAAGACGUUACAUCCACACCAUGUUGGAUUGAAAUUCAUCUGCAUGGACCUUUACAGUGGCUUGAUAAAGUACUGACUCAGAUGGGUACUCCACAUAAUGCCAUAAGUUCAGUAUCUUAAAAAAUUUGGAGAUUCUUUAAUUAACAAACAUAUGAUAAUACAUAAAGAGACGUAAUAGGUUGGUGCCCGAACUAUUUCCCAAGAAUAAUGGUUCAUCAUUUUAAUAUUAUCUAUUUGAUUUUUUAACAAUGAAACUAAUUUCAAAUAAAUGGAAACAUGAAACAUGAUAUUCAAUUAUAGGGUUUUGUAUAAUUUUUCGCAUAAUUGAUCAUGAACUAUAUUUUGUUCAUGAGUAUAAAUUGAUUAAAUUGUUUCAUAUAUUAGACUUUUGCAAGUCAUUAAAGCCAAAUUGAACUGUGACGCUUAGGUGUUAUGUAUAAUAUUUUUAAAGAGAGACUUAUUGUAAUGAUUGUCAUUUUCGUUUCUUUGUUCAAAUAAGACGAAUCUGACUCAGUGAUAUGUAAGUGGAAGAGCAUUAUCCUAUUAUUGCUUUGCCGUGAAUAAUAAAAAAAACUCAAUUUAUGAAUAAUCAAAUUCAAGUAAUGUAAAUUUAAAAUAAUUGUA